UGGACCCUCUCAACUCAUCUUUCAAUCCAAUAAACGACGACUUUUUGCAACACAUCAUCCUCUGGAUUUUCACCUUCUUUUCCAAGAUAUUUCAUCAAUUUUGUCCUUAAUCUGUUCUCAAUUUCAUAUAUCUUACUUCAAUUUCGGAUUCUAGCGAUCUGUUUCUAGUGUUUUAGAUUCUAUCAAUACAGCUAAAAAUUAGGGCAAAUGUCUGAACUCUGAAACCCUAGCUUUUGUACUCUAAUUUCACUGUGAUUAAAACACCUGUAGAAUUGAUUGUUGUUAGUUUGAUUGUGAUUGAUUGGUAGAUAACUCUAGAAGAACAAGUUAUAGCGAUUGCCGUAAGCAAAACCCUAGGAUAAUAGCGUCCUCAUGACUGCCGAUGAGUCUGCAGUUUCCGGCGAAGCUAGUGGUUCUUCUCCGGGCAAUCAGUUGGCGAUUUUGCCGGAAAAGCCGGUUAAACGGAAGCGGAAUCUGGCCGGCAUGCCAGAUCCGGAUGCAGAAGUGAUCGCUCUAUCUCCGAAAACUUUAAUGGCCACAAAUCGAUUCGUAUGCGAAAUAUGCAAUAAGGGGUUUCAGAGAGAUCAGAACUUGCAACUCCAUCGACGAGGACAUAACUUGCCGUGGAAGCUUAAACAGAGGACCGGGAAUGAAAUUAGGAAAAGAGUCUACGUAUGUCCUGAGCCGUCAUGUGUUCACCAUGAUCCGAAGCGUGCGUUGGGCGAUCUUACCGGGAUUAAAAAGCAUUUCAGCAGGAAACAUGGCGAGAAGAAAUGGAAAUGUGAUCAGUGCUCGAAGAAAUACGCAGUUCAGUCUGAUUGGAAAGCUCAUUUGAAGAUAUGCGGAACCCGAGAGUAUAGAUGUGAUUGUGGGACUUUGUUUUCAAGGAGAGAUAGCUUUAUUACCCAUAGAGCGUUUUGUGACGCCUUAGCUGUUGAGACUGCUAAAGGUCAGCCAGAAGAUGAACCUCUUAAGAAAGAUGAAGACAGUAAUCCUAAAGAUAUAGAAUCAGCACCACAAUCAACAGCAACAGCAUCACCGCCGCCGCCACUACCGCCACCCACCGCCAGUCCUGCAGUGCCUGUAACAUCUUCAGUUAUGUGUGUUGCAGAUUCUCCAGAUUUUCCGGAAAUUUCCAAGUCGAGUCACGAUGCUACACCCGUUGUGGAUAACCCGCCACAAUUGGUGGCGGGGUUGACCGGAAGCUGUAGCGGCAGCUGCAGCUCAACCAAUACCGGAAGCACAAGCAGCAGUGUAUUCGCUAGCUUAUUCGCAUCAUCGACCGCACCCAAAUCUUUACAACCACAACCUCAAACAACCGGAUUCAAAGAUCUUAUUCAAUCCAUGACCCGACCUACACAAACACCCGAUCCUACACUCCCAUCUUCAGCUCAAGAACCCAUAUCGCUAUGCUUGUCAACCAAUCACGGAUCCUCGAUUUUCGGACCGGCGGGGCCGGAGCUUCGGCAAUACGUUUCUCCACCUCAGCCGACGAUGUCAGCAACCGCAUUACUUCAAAAAGCUGCACAGAUGGGUGCAACUGCGUCCGGUGCAUCACUACUUAGGGGAUAUGGGCUCGAGCGGGAUGAUGCUGACGGUGGGUCGUCUAUCGGGCUUGGACUUGGGGUGGGGUUCGACGGGCGGCCCGGUUUGCAAGAACUCAUGUUGGGGACUCCGUCUGUAUAUGGGCCAAAGCACGCCACUCUUGAUUUCCUCGGGUUGGGUAUGGCGGUUGGUGGUGGAACAACCAACGGUUUAUCGGCUCUAAUGACUUCCAUUGGCGGUGGUCUUGAUGUUACGAGAGGGGUUUCGUCGUUUGGACUUGGUGGUGGAAGAGGCGGCAGUGGUGAGUUCACCGGAAAAGACAUGGGACCGCAGUAAGUUGACCUACAUUUUCUUUACCUCAGUAAUUCUAUCUUGGUAACUUUGGUAUUUAGGAAGUAGUUAUGUUAUAUGAAUUUUUUACUAUAUAUUGAUGUAAAUUAUUGUUUUAUUUCUGUUUGUAUAAUUAAAUCCAGAAGUUAGCAGUUAGCAGUUUUGGAGGAAUCAACCUCUGCCAACUUGCUUUUUCUUAAUCCUAUGUUCUGCAUCUAAGAUUAUGUAUAUUGUUGACUUUUUAAUUUUUUAAAUGAAAA